UCCUCCCCCGCCCAGCCCAGCCCGGUCCAGCCCCGCGGCGGAGCCGAGUCGGACUCAGAGCGGCGCGCGCACAGGGCGAGCGCCCCAGCCUGGCCCUCCCGGCAGCCCGGGAUCCCGGAGCCGGACUCGCCCGCAGCCUCGCAGCCCUCUCGCCCGAAGGAAGCCCGCGCUGCUGCCGCGGCGCCCCCGGGAUCCGGCCGCGCUCGUUGGCCGGAGGAGCGGCGGCCCCGGGGAGCAGACACUAUGGGAACGAGCUUCUGGAUGCAAGACAGGGACAGCCCCAUUCUUCUCUGACAUCGGAGGGAAGUGACCCGUUGCCUUCAGAUAACCUGGAGUCUCCUCUGGCCUUUUUUAAACUGCUGACUGUGCGCCCGACACUGUGACAAGUGAUGGGGACACAAGGAGCCCAUUUCUGCCUUCAAGGAGCGGGACCGAGACGCGCGCUGUGAAAGUGCGGCCCUGGGAAAGCCAGGUUUGCCCGGGACGGAUGUCGUAGGGACGGCGGCCGGAGCCUGGGGAGGAAACAUGAAGCACUAGCCCUCUUGAAAGGGUUUCAAGAUGGCAGCUCAGCGGAUCCGCGCGGCCAACUCCAAUGGGCUCCCGCGCUGCAAAUCCGAGGGGACGCUGAUAGACCUGAGCGAGGGCUUCUCGGAGACGAGCUUCAACGAUGUCAAAGUGCCUUCCCCCAGUGCCUUGCUUGGCGACAAUCCCACGCCGUUUGGAAACGCAAAAGAAGUGAUAGCAAUCAAGGACUACUGCCCCACCAACUUCACCACCCUCAAGUUCUCCAAAGGGGACCGCCUGUACGUCUUGGACACCUCGGGCGGGGAGUGGUGGUACGCCCACAACACCACGGAGAUGGGCUACAUCCCCUCCUCCUAUGUGCAGCCCGUCAACUACCGCAACUCGACGUUGAGCGACAGUGGUAUGAUCGACAAUCUUCUGGACAGCCCCGACGAAAUGGCCAAGGAGCUGGAAUUGCUGGGAGGGGGCUGGACGGAGGAGAAGAAGGGGUCGAAUAAAGCCCACAAUAAUAAUCCUUUCUGGAACGGGGUGCAGACAAACCCAUUUCUGAAUGGGAACGUGCCCCUCGUGCCCAGCGUGGAGGAAGCGGUCCCGAAGACCACGGUGGACUUGCUGCUCUUUGACACAGAGGUGCCCCCCCCUUCUUAUACCACAACCGGUUCGGUGACCGCCAACAGCAUCGGCAACAUCUUUGACGAGCUGCCGUCCACCAACCGACUCUCCGACGCCGAGCAACCCAUCAAGCGGGACAACCCCUUUUUCAGAAGCAAACGGUCGUACAGUUUAUCCGAGCUCUCCGUCCUCCAAGCCAAGUCAGAAGCCCCUUCGUCGUCCACGUUUUUCACCGGGUUAAAGUCUCCGACCCCUGAACAGUUUCAGAGCCGAGAGGACUUUCGGACCGCCUGGUUGAACCACCGAAAGCUGGCCCGUUCCUGCCACGAUCUGGACCUGCUUGGCCAGAAUCCCGGCUGGGGUCAGACUCAGCCCGUGGAGACGAACAUCGUGUGCAAGCUGGACACGUCGGGGGGGGCCGUGCAGCUCCCGGACACCAACAUCACCAUCCACGUGCCCGAGGGCCACGUGGCUCCCGGGGAGAUGCAGCAGAUUUCCAUGAAAGCCUUGUUGGACCCUCCCCUGGAGCUCAACAGUGACAAAUCGAGCACCAUCAGCCCGGUCUUGGAGGUGAAACUGAGCAACAUGGAGGUGAAGUCCUUCAUCAUCUUGGAGAUGAAGGUUUCGGCCGAGGUCCGGCAGGACGUCGUCAGUAAGAGCACCGUGGCCGUGCAGUGCUUGCGCAGCGACAUGAAGGAGGGGCCCUAUGUGCCGGUCCCUCUGCUCUACAACUACGGCGACACGAUCCAGGUCCACCUGGAGAACCUGGAGCCUUGCAUGUACAUAGCCAUCGUGGCCCACGGACAGAACAUCCUGUACCCCUCCACCGUCUGGGACUUCAUCAAUAAAAAAAUCACCGUGGGGGUGUACGGCCCCAAACACAUCCAUCCCUCCUUUAAGACAGUGGUGACGCUCUUCGGGCACGAGUGCGCGCCCAAGACGCUGCUGGUGAGCGAGGUCACGCGGCAGGUCCACGGGACUUCUCCGGUGGCCCUGCAGCUGUGGGGCAAGCACCAGUUCGUUCUGUCUAGGCCCCAGGACCUCCGGCUGUGCAUGUUCUCCAACAUGACCAAUUACGAGGUCCGAGCCAGCGAGCAAGCCAAGGUGGUCCGGGGCUUCCAGAUGAAGCUGGGCAAGGUGAGCCGCCUGAUCUUCCCCAUCAUCUCCCACGACCCCAACGACCUGUCCGACUUCACCCUGAGGAUCCAGGUGAAGGACGACCAGGAGGCCAUUCUCACCCAGUUCUGCGUCCAGACCCCUCAGCCCCCGCCCAAGAGUGCCGUCAAGCCUUCGGGACCCCGGAGGUUCCUCAAGAAGAACGAGAUCGGGAAGAUCAUCCUGUCCCCGCUGGCCGCCACCACCAAGUACCCGACUUUUCAGGAGCGUCCCGUGGCCAGCCUCAAGUUCGGGAAAUUGCUGAAGACGGUCGUGAGACAGAAUAAAAACCAUUAUUUGCUGGAAUACAAGAAGGGGGAUGUCAUAGCCUUGCUCAGCGAGGAGAAGAUCAAGUUGAAAGGGCAGCUGUGGACCAAAGAGUGGUACAUCGGGUAUUACCAGGGUAAGAUCGGACUCGUGCACACCAAGAACGUGCUCAUCGUCGGGAAGAUCCGGCCGUGCUUUUUCUCCGGGCCUGACCUCAGUACCAGCGUGCUGCUGGAACAGAUCCUGAGGCCCUGCAAGUUUCUGACGUACAUCUACGCCUCCGUACGGACCUUGCUCAUGGAGAACAUCAGCAGCUGGCGCUCGUUCGCGGACGCCUUGGGCUACGUCAACCUGCCGCUCACCUUCUUCUGCCGGGCGGAGCUGGACAGUGAGCCUGAGCGCGUGGCCUCCGUCCUGGAAAAGUUGAAGGAAGACUGUAACAAUACUGAGAAUAAAGACAGAAAAUCUUUUCAGAAGGAGCUCAUGAUGGCCUUGUUGAAGAUGGACUGUCAGGGCCUCGUGGUCAGGCUCAUCCAGGACUUCGUGCUCCUGACCACCGCCGUGGAGGUGGCCCAGCGAUGGAGGGAGCUGGCCGAAAAGCUCGCCAAAGUCUCCAAGCAACAAAUGGAUGCUUACGAGUCUCCCCACCGGGACAGGAACGGGGUGGUCGACAGUGAGGCCAUGUGGAAGCCUGCCUAUGACUUCUUAUUGACAUGGAGCAAUCAGAUUGGGGACAGCUAUCGGGAUGUCAUCCAGGAGCUCCAUCUGGGCUUGGACAAGAUGAAGAACCCCAUUACGAAGCGUUGGAAACAUCUCACAGGGACCCUGAUCCUAGUGAACUCCCUCGAUAUUCUGAGGGCAGCUGCCUUCAGCCCCAUGGACCAUGAAGACUUUGCCAUCUGAUAUGUGGGCUUUCAAACCCUUUCUGCUGCUUUCUCUUUAUGAUGAAUGGCCUUCAGCCCAGGAUGGAACUGAACACGAAGAGCAGGCCAUUCGGUACAGACCAGAAUCCUCUGCUCCAGACUGGUACCAUGGCCAAGGACUAAGCAUCUCCAUAUUCUUUUCUUUCCCAUCCCUCCCCCUUCCUCGCUAUUCUCCUGACCCAGGACCAUCCCGAAGAGAUUUUCUAUUGUAUAUUGUUGCCAAUCAAACGGACUUUCUACUUGUAAAGUAUAAAAUGAAAAAUCAUGUUUUUAUAGCUAUUUGGAAAAAACAUACAGAAUAUCUAAUUUUUUAACAGACAAAAGGGAAAAAAAAUAAAACCGCUGAUGAGGUGAGGUGAGGAAGAUGUGGACUUUUUUCAGAUGUAUAAAGCCUUUUUUUUUUUUUUUAAAUUAUGGUAUGCUUUU